AUGGUACAAUUCGCCAAUCCACCAACUCCAGGUAAAGAAGACGACGAAGAGGCCAUUGAAGAUAUGCCUUCAGUAACCUCCUCCGAAGAUGGUAUCCACAAUGGGACCUCGAAGCGCAAAUCAGAUGAUGAGGGGCAAAGCAAAAAGAGGAAGAGAAAGUCCAAGUCCGAGAAAGGCUCCAAGGUCAACGGCGUAAAGAGGAGGCACAGCGUCAGUAAACCUGCGAGAGAUCCAAGGGACGAAGCAUCCUCUUCCAGAUCCAAGAAGGAACUUGCUGGGACUCGCUCGCCAAGUCCAGUAAUAGACUUUGAUGGGCUCAGCAGACCAAGUCGAGGCACCCGCGAACGAAAAGAAGAAACCCCCGAACAAGCAACAGCCAGGCUCCAGAAGCUGUCUGGUGCCGUCCGAACAAUUCUCGAAUGCCUUGGGGAGGACCCGGAUCGAGAGGGACUGCUGGGAACACCAGAAAGAUACGCCAAGGCUAUGUUGUUCUUCACAAAAGGAUAUCAGGAGAAUGUGCGAGAUAUUGUGAAUAAUGCUAUUUUCCACGAGGGACACAAUGAACUAGUCAUUGUGAAGGAUAUCGAGGUGUUCAGUCUUUGCGAGCACCACAUGGUACCAUUUACUGGAAAGAUGCACAUCGGUUACAUCCCCGACAAAGACGUGAUCGGAAUCUCGAAACUUCCCCGAAUAGCAGACAUGUUCUCCCGCCGUCUCCAAAUCCAGGAACGUCUCACCAAAGACGUCGCCCACGCCGUUAUGGAAGUGCUAAAACCGCAAGGUGUCGCGGUAGUCAUGGAAUCUAGUCAUUUGUGCAUGGUGAUGCGGGGUGUAGAGAAGACGAGCGCAACUACGAUUACGAGUUGCGUGCUAGGCUGCAUCGAAAAGAGGGAGAAGACUAGAAAUGAGUUCUUCAGUCUUGUGGGGCUUAAUAGACGAUGA